UAGCUUUUAGACAAUUCGGGUGGUCGUCGCAGGUCGGGUUGGUCUUUUGUGUGUUUUGGUAUCAAAAUUAUGAUCCCUGCAUUGUUUGAUUCUUAACUAAAGUGACUUCAUUUUCACACAAGUUCCGCUAGCCAAGUUUGGCUUGAAAUCACCGAAAGAAACUACCCAAAAACCAUGGAGGAAGCCAGACCUGUUGAUGGGGAUCCUCCCAACAACGAGGAAGAUCUUAAAGCGCAGAUUGCAAAACUCACGGCUGAAAAGCGGAAGCAGCACGAUGAGUUCAAUAUCCAGCGAGCCAGGCUUAAGGAAUUGUACUUGCAAAAGGAGGCGGAGUGUAAAAAACUGUCAGGAGAAAUGGAGAACAUGCAGAAGCAGUUGGAUGAUGUGAAAAGUCAAUUAGUCGUGGUUGAAUAUAGAACGGAGAGCGAUCGACAACAGCAGGAGCGGAAGGCCCAGGAGGAAAUUGCUUCGUUGCAGCAAUUAGUGCAGGACACAAUUGAGGAAUCUUCAAUCUGCAAAGCUGAAUUGGAACAUCUUCGAGAGGAGAUGAUUAGAGUGAAGCAAGAGAAUCGGGACUUACGGGAAUUAAUUGCACACCAGCAACAGGAUACGCCUAGCCUGGCUCCUGUUCUCAGCCAUGUGAAGAAGACACUGGCCCGGAAAUUGGGCGCUGACUCAAGUGCAAGCAAUGAAACAAGUUUAGACGAGUCAAUGCGGAAGGUAAACAAAUAUGCUCAAGAAGACGCUCAGGUUUUGCGGUCACUGGUAGUACCAUUAGAGGAAGAAAUCAAAGCUUUGAAGGAAAAAUUACGAGCCACUGAUGAGGAACUGCAAUCAUAUCGAGGAGCCAAUAUUGAGCAACCUUCUGCUGAAGUCAUUGCUACUACGUCUCAGAACGAAAUAUGCAUGCAAUCCAGCCCAAUUCAUUUAAAGCCAGACGCGACGGAUUCCAUGACUAAAUCCACUUCUAUGGAUUACAUACAAUGUGAAAUGUGCCAGAAUUAUGAAACCCAACUGGUUCAAGCUCAAAAGCAAUUAACCGAUGAAAAAGAAAAGAAUGAGAAGUUGCAAAAGGCUAUCUUGGAUACGCGCGAAGAGCUUAAAAAGGAGUCUGCUUUAAGACGUGAUUUAGAGGAAGAAUGGCAACAAAAACGUGAAAUUCAUAAGGAGGAAGUCCAAAGCUUGACAGAACAAGUUAAAAAAAGUGAAAAGGAAUUGAUUAAUCUUCAGCAACAAUUCCUCGACACUAAGGACGAAAUUACACGUCAAUUAUACCGACUAACCGCCGAUCGAGAGCAAAUCAAUAAGCACUUGGAGACCCUACAAGGCGAUAAUGACUUCCUCUCUGGACGUUACUUAGAUACAUCCGAAGAAAUUCAAAACCAACGAAUUGAUCUGCCCAACAAUGUUGACGAAUUACAUAUUUUGCUGUUGAAGCAACGUGACGAAUUGAUUCAAGCUCGAGUCGGGGUUGAAUUCGAGCGUCGCAAAUGUGUUAGCUACGUGGAUGAGACGAAUUUGCUGAGAGAUCAAUUAGAAUCGAUUGAUAGCGAGCGUAAGGCAUAUGAUAAGAAGGUCCAAUCUCAUAUUAGGUCAUUAGAGGAACGACUUAAGGCUGUUUUAAAUAAGGAACAAAAUACUGAGCUUAUGAAAAAAACGUUCGAGCGCAAAGAAGCCGAACUUAACGAACAAUUGUCGGAGUUGCGAGUACAAGUUAUCGAUUUACGAGAGGCUAAUGAAAAACUCGAAAAAGCGCAUUCUGAUUCAAAAUCACAGAUCAAAAUUCUACAAGAUGAGCUAUCUACUAGUGAACAUGUACAAAAGGACUUUGUGAAAUUAUCGCAAUCAUUACAGAUCACUCUUGAAAAAAUUCGUCAAGCAGAUACUCAAGUGCGUUGGCAAGACGACGAAGACGUGGAGAAAUGUCCGAAUUGUAGCGUUCUAUUCACGGUUACUUGUCGUAAACAGCAUUGUCGUCACUGCGGAACAAUAUAUUGUGACAAGUGUUUAACGAAAACGGUGCCAUCUGGUCCACGAAAUAAACCAGCUCGUGUCUGUGAUAUAUGCCACACGUUGUUAAUACCAAAUACGGCUCCCUAUUUUAGCCAAGCGCCACCACAGUCGCCAACAUAAAUGCUUACAAGCUUGAUUACUGAUUGGCUCCUUUCUACUUUUUAAAAGUUCUGUCAUUUUUAAAGCUUUAAGAUUUUUUCCCACUUGUUAUUUAGAACAAACUUCUUCCUGCCCGCAAUAUAAUGUUAACUUUGGGAAAUCAUAUUGUCAUGAUUGAGUGUAGGCGUCCAUUUAUACGUAUCGAAUAGACCGAAAUUUCAUGUUCCUCAGAUUUAUUCGUGGCCAUUAAUGAGUUUUGCCAUGGAAUCGGGUGCUGGGCAAAUUCGUUAUUUUUUUCCUAUGUUAAAAAACGAGCAUAGCUCACGUUUCACAUCAGCCAUGCAGAAUUUUUGACGAUACUUAAGCUACAUAUCCCCACAAGUCAUGUUAACACGAAUAUGACUUCUCUUUCCGUUCCAACAUUUUUCCCAGUCUCAAGCUUGUGGCUAAAAUAUUUUUCCUUAUUUUUUCAACGAAUUUUUUGUCUAAAUGACUACUUGUAAAUAGAGACUCUCAUAUAGUGAUUUACAGCUAAAAUAUUGAAGAAUUAAUGUGAAGAAAAUUAUAUUUCACUAUUCCAAGUUAAAAUAAACGCUAAAAAUGAAAA